AUGGUCAAAAAGACGCUCUUGUUCUCUGCCAUCGCCGCUACUUUUGCUGCACUCACAAACAAUGUCCUGGCCGAUGACAGCAAUGUCGUUGUGCUUGAUCAGGCCAACUUUGACAAGGAAGUGAUGAAGCAGGACCUGAUGCUCGUGGAAUUUUAUGCUCCUUGGUGCGGUCACUGCAAGGCUCUUGCACCCGAGUACGAUUCUGCCGCCACGACACUGAAGGAGGAUGACAUCAAGUUGGGCAAGGUGGACUGCACUGUCAACCAGGACCUGUGUCAGGAAUACGAGGUGCGCGGCUAUCCCACCAUCAAGGUGUUCCGCAACGGCGAAACGGCCGAUUACAAGGGCGCGCGCAAGGCGGAUGGCAUUGUCAGCUAUAUGCAAAAGCAAGCUGCACCUGCCGUGACCGACCUCGACGCAGACAACUUUGCAAAGUUCAAGGAAUCCGACCGUGUCGUCGUGGUCGCCUACACCUCGCCUUCGGACGAAAAGAGCAAGGCAGCCGUCAAGGAGGUUGCAGAGAAGCUCCGCGACGACUACUUUUUCGGUUUGGUGACGGACGAGGCUCUCAUCAAGGAACAGAACGUUGAAAAGCUCCCUUCAGUUGUGAUCUACAAGCAAUUCGACCAGGAGCUGGACGGCGGCCGUAGCGACUGGACCGAGUCCUUGGAAGACAGCGAAAAGGUCCAAGAGUUCAUCAAGACCAACUCGGUGCCACUUUUGGACGAGAUCCAGGCCUCCAACUUUGCCUCGUACGCCGAGGCCGGCUUGCCCCUUGCAUACAUUUUCGCCGACUCCAAGGAGAUGGCCGAACCCUUGGUCGAAGCUGUGAAGCCGAUCGCACAAAAGUACAAGGGCAAGAUCAACUUUGUCCAUAUCGACGCAAAGAAGUAUGGUCCACAUGCUGGCAAUGUCGGACUCAAGCAGGAGUGGCCCGCUUUCGCCAUCCAGCACAUUGAUUCAGGCGCCAAGUUCCCCUACGACCAGUCUGCCGAGAUCACGACCAAGAACAUUGAACAGUUUGUUGCUGACUACGCUGCCGGCAAGAUCGAGCCCACGCUAAAGUCGGAGGACAUCCCCGCAGACAACGAUGGUCCGGUCAAGGUCGUUGUAGCCAAGCAAUUCAAUGAAGUGGUCCUGGACAAAAGCAAGGAUGCUUUCCUUGAGGUGUAUGCUCCCUGGUGCGGUCACUGCAAGCGCUUGGCCCCCAUCUGGGAAGAGUUGGGCCAGGCUGUCGAGAAGCAGGGUUUGAAGGAUAAGGUGGUUAUUGCCAAGAUGGACGGCACCGAGAACGACGUCCCACCGGAGGCCGGCUUCACUGUGUCGGGCUUCCCCACGUUGAAGUUCUUCAAGGCUGAGACCAAUGAGUUGCUCGAUUACAACGGCGGUCGCUCGCUCGAGGAUUUAGUCGAAUUCCUCAACGAGAACGGCAGCAACGGCGUCAAGCUCUCCAUUGCCAAGGAUGCAGAUGCCGAGUCCCAGGAAGAGCAGGAAGACAGCGGUCACGACGAGUUGUAA